CGAGCCGGGAGGGCCGGCGAACGGACGAAGUCCCCCGACGAUGGGCGUGCAGCCCCCCAACUUCUCUUGGGUGAUCCCGGGCCGGCUGGCGGGGCUGGCGCUGCCGCGGCUCCCGCAGCACUACCAGUUCCUGAUGGACCUGGGCGUGCGGCACCUGGUGUCCCUGACGGAGCGCGGGCCCCCGCACAGCGACAGCUGUCCCGGCCUCACCGUGCACCGACUGCGCAUCCCAGACUUCUGCCCUCCGUCCCCCGACCAGGUCGACCAGUUCAUCAAGAUAGUGGACCAGGCCAACGCCCGGGGAGAGGCCGUGGGAGUACACUGUGCCCUGGGCUUCGGCCGCACUGGUACCAUGCUGGCCUGCUACCUGGUGAAGGAGCAGGGCUUGGCUGCAGGAGAAGCCAUCUCUGAGAUCCGCCGCCUGAGACCGGGAUCCAUUGAGACCUAUGAACAGGAAAAAGCAGUUUUCCAGUUCUACCAGCGAACGAAAUAAGGGGCCUCAGCAGUCUUCUCCCAGGCCCUUCUCCUCCUACCCUGUGGGAGAUGGAGCCAAAGAGGAAAGCAAAGUGGACUGAACUAUUAAAGCCUCCAGUUCCCCUUGGCUCCUAAUGAAGACCCUUCCUUACUGGCAAGUUCUGAUUGACAGGAUGGCUGAGGCCUUGUGGAAAUGAAUAGCUUAUAAGAUCCAGCUCACACCACAUAACACUUUUCAAGGCACUCCCACACAUCAGCUUAUGUGAGCUUGGUUGGUGGGUCCCUACUGUAGAAGAGACAAAGACCAUCUCUGUUCUUUGGAUGAGGUGGCUAAAGCCCAAAAGGACCAAGGUCACAAUUCUAGAAAUGGAAGGAUGGGCCAGUUCCAACACACACCCUCAUCCUGAUGCUAACAUUCUAAGGUAUCUAAUCCCUUUUGAUACCAUUUCUAGGGAACUGGCCAAUGAAAAGGAUUCAAGUCCCUGGAUACCCAACAUCCUUAAGUCUCUGACCCCUCAAGGCCAGGACAGCCCCUGUUGACACCACCUCAAAUUCUAAUCCCACAUGGUCACCCCGUUCCCCUCGGCAAGAUGAGACCUGUGGUCAUGUUCACAGAUGACCACCAUCUCCAUCUCCCCAGGCCUGGGCAUCUCCUACCAGCCUCCAGUGCUACCCAGCUCAUGUGGUACCUCCAGCCCACCAUGCUACCCUCUGCCUUAGACCAAGGAAUACUGGAACUGAGUCUGGGUGCUCAGAGCGGAUAUUUAAUAAACAAAUAAUUUGGGGGCUAUGCA